AGCAGCAACAUUCAGUGGACUGCCCCCGACGAAGAAACACAGCGAACCUAAAGAAUUCGCGCCAUGGCCUACUACCAGCAGUCUGUCGGAAAUUACGACUGGGGCCAUCCUAUCUACCUCUAUACCACGCCCCUGGCUUCCCAGAAAAAGUUCAUGAAGAAGAAGCCUAUCGACCUGGUCGGUCACUGGGCAAUAUGCAUCCAAGGAUAUUUUUACGAGUUGACCAAGAACCCAAAUGCCCAAACAAAAAGAGAUCCGAAGCACAUCAUAAGAACAUUACCAUAUGAGCAGUGGCAAGCCUUAAAGGGUGAGGAAGAACGAGUAGUUCAACCGCCGGGAGGACCAGCUGGGUACACGGCUCGACCUUGGACACCUUCACAGAUCAAGUAUAUGGCCGACCAAAUAUGGCGAGGUCCACUACAAAGCAAAUACGUGUACGACGAAAACAACUGCCAAGUCUUUACUCGCCUGCUCGUCGAUAUGCUCGGAAACGAACAGACUAAAGUCGACUUCCCAACCCAAUUCGAUAAAGUGGUAAAAGCCGUGGGCAACACCAGGGAUGGUGCUGCCUUGGCUGUCACCGCGGGCAUGAUCACCGUGGCAGCAGGUGCGAGUCUGGUCAUGGUCCCGGUGGACGGUGGAGCUACAGCUGCAGUGGGCUUUGCGCUGGCAGCGCAAACGGCACUCAGAUCUACCACAGCUUUGUUGGCCGUAAGGCACUCCAAAGAGAAGGCUAUGUGGAAAUCUCAAGAGGAGUUGAAGCGGAGACUGAGACAGGAAGGAUACCUUCCCAUGAAAUGAAACUGGAAACAGUCAAGGUUGUGAGCUUGCGACAUAUGGUCUACAUAUUUCUGCAUUAGACCUAUAAACCGAUCGAUACGGAUAAUACGACAAGCUAUGACUGCUGGAAGUCUUAGAUAUGAGGACAAAGAGCGUCUGGAUUACAAUCAGGGGCAAGAUCAGCAUUUGAGCUGCAAUGGCGCUCAUGCCAUAUCUUCAAAGCAUCGAGGCCCAGCUACCGCAUCGAUUCUUAGAUUGAUCACUGAGGUGGAGGAUGUCAGAAUGAGUAAUAUCCAGAGAAUGCCAUAUUGUCACAUACUGGGCAGGCUGCGUCAGACAACAGGAUUCUCCGAGACCGGAUAGGAGGGUAAUGC